AUGGCUCGGGCUGCCGCACUCUCCAAUGGCACGGCAUCGACACGCACCCUCUUCCAGCUGCAAGCCAACCGGACCUGGUUCGAGAACCUCGCCGUCCGCGCCGACGGCACCCUGCUGGCGACGCGGAUGGACGUGCCCGAGGUCUGGUCCCUCGACCCGGCCACCGGCGUCGGGCGCCUGCUGUACACCUUCCCCAACGCCACGGCGCUGACGGGGAUCACCGAGAUUGCGCCGGACACGUACGCCGUGACGGCCGGGGACAUCAUCAUCACGACCAGCGGCCAGCCGACCCCGGGCACGUUUGCCGUCUGGGCCCUGGAUCUGCAGGGGUCCGCCACGCCGGCGGCGCGGCUGAUCGCGGCGGUGCCCGGGGCGGGCUUCGCCAACGGGCUGACGCAUUUCGGCCCGAACGCCGACCUGGUCCUCAUCGCCGACGCCAUGUACGGACUGAUCUGGCGACUGAACGUCGUGUCGGGGGCGUCCAGCGUGGCGCUGCAGGACGCCACCAUGGUGCGCAGCGCCGAGUCGCCCUACCUGGCCGUGAAUGGGGUGCGAUCCUGGGGCGAGUACGUCUACUACACGGCGGACGGCACCAAGGCCGUCUACCGGAUCCCCGUGGACCGCAACGCCACCGCGACGGGGCCCGUCGAGCUGGUGGCCGGGGGAUUCUCGGGGGACGACUUCGCCAUCGCGGCGGACGGGACGGUGUACGUGGCCACCAACACGGCGAAUGAGGUCCUGGCCAUCUCGGCGGCGGGCGACGUGAGCGUCCUGGCCGGCGCGUCGGCCAGUCCGGCGGUGGCCGGCUGCACGUCGGUGCAGCUGUCCCCCGAUGGACGCCGACUCUUCGUCACCACCAAUGGGGGCCUGAUCAAGCCCGUCGCGGGUGGGGAGGUGCCGGCCAAGGUGGUGGAAGUGGUGUUGUAG